CGGUUGUGGACCUGUUUUAUAGCUCGUGGGCUCUGUCGUGUUAGCGCUUUUAUUCCAUUUCGAACGAUUCGACGUCGUGUCUGAUCUUUAACUGAAACGAAACCUGCCGAAGAAGCUGCAAAGGAGUGCCCACAUUAACAUGUGGAAUUCCACCAGUUAGUGUGGAUUUUAGCGGGUGGUUCUUACAGGCGACGCAAGGGGAUUACAGGAGAUGCAAACUGCAAGCGGUUUGCCCAAGAGCCUUGAGGAACGCAAUUUGGAUUUGGCAAUUUGGAAGCGUUGGAACUAAAUGCCCAAAAUUUAAAUUUGCUGCGUUUGCGUGCGCUUAGAUGUUAUUGUACGAGGUUGGGGUGGCGUACUUUUGCGGCUUAGCGUUUGUUCUGAACGGGUGUACUGGUAUGCUGAAACAUAAUGAAAAUGUAACGACAAAAUAGACGAAAAAAGCGAAGGAUGUCGAAUGGUCAGGAUCUGCAUCAAGAUUUCGCGCAGUUCCCUUUUGAUUUCUUAUGUUCAACCUAAAGAAAUUAUUCUCUAGAUUAUGGCAGCUUGUUACAGUUGCUUCACAUUCUAUUGUGGAGAGGAGGAGCUGACUCUCGCUGAGGACGUUGCCCAUCUCGUCGCACAUGCAGCCCACCAUGCGUUUGGCGUCGCCCUCGACCACUUUGCCGAAGAUGGUGCCGCUACCGUCCACGGCGUUGCCCGCCUGUUGACCCACUUGCCGGCCAGGAUGGGCCGGUCAACCUCGGCUCGGGCUCGGGCUCGGGCUCGGCUCGAGCUUCCAGCGCUCGGCCUUGCGGACCACGUUGCCGCCGCGGUCCAGGAUGUCGCCGUCGGGGCCGACCUUCAUACCGCGCAGCUUCUUGGCGUCGCCUUCGACGACCUUGCCGAUCUCCUCGCCCUCGAAGACGACCAUGCCCCUGGAGUUGACCACGGCGUCGGGGAAGGCCUCGAAGGGGGCCGACUCUGUCAUGGACUCGAGCUCGUUCUCGGGGAUGGGCUCGGCGCGGCUGAUGACGGCGCCACUGUCGUUCCAGAUGGCGCCCGUCUCGUCCACGCGCUUGCCCACGAGGUGCCCCGGGACGCCCUCCUUGAUGCGGUCGACCACUUCGCCGUCGCCGUUAACGAUGUUGCCGCACUUGUUGACCUUACCUCCCUUGAGGAUGGAAAAGUCGAUUUGAUCAGCCACGUCUUCGGCCGCCUCACCGGCCUGCUCGCUGGCAUCCGCCGCGGCGCCCUUGGCACCCUCGGCAGUCUCGCCGGCUUGGACCUCGGUCUCGCCGAGCUUCUCUUCUCCUUCCUUGGCAGGGGCCGACUCUGUCAUGGACUCGAGCUCGUUCUCGGGGAUGGGCUCGGCGCGGCUGAUGACGGCGCCACUGUCGUUCCAGAUGGCGCCCGUCUCGUCCACGCGCUUGCCCACGAGGUGCCCCGGGACGCCCUCCUUGAUGCGGUCGACCACUUCGCCGUCGCCGUUAACGAUGUUGCCGCACUUGUUGACCUUACCUCCCUUGAGGAUGGAAAAGUCGAUUUGAUCAGCCACGUCUUCGGCCGCCUCACCGGCCUGCUCGCUGGCAUCCGCCGCGGCGCCCUUGGCACCCUCGGCAGUCUCGCCGGCUUGGACCUCGGUCUCGCCGAGCUUCUCUUCUCCUUCCUUGGCAGUAUCCUCUGCCCUCUCCUCGCCACCUUUGACGGUGUCUUCGGCCUUCUCCUCUCCUUGAUUGGCGACGUCCCUGACCGCACCGACGGCGGAGCCCAGCUUGCUCGCGCCCUUUUUGACGGCGAGAGCGACGAGAGGGCUCCUCCGGAGCAAAGGGUAAAACCGCAUUUAAAAAUCGUAUAA